AUGUCUUGUCAUUUUCACCAAGGGAAUGGUGUCAUGCCUAUUCUCUUCUUCAAGAUUAUACUCAAAACUAAUCUUAAAAGUCUUAAAAUACCCGACAAUUUUGCACUGAAACAUGGAAGUGGUUUGUCCAAUCCAGUGUUCUUAAAGCCUCCAGAUGGAACAAGGUGGAAGGUGUGUUUGAAAAAAAAGAAUGAUCAAGUUUGGUUUGAAAAGGGUUGGGAAGAAUUUACUCAAAAUUACUCUCUGGAUCACGGAUGCUUGGUUCUGUUUAAAUAUGAAGGAACUACUUCUUCCCAAUUUGAUGUCAUUAUCAUUGAUGACAGUGCUUUAGAAAUAGACUAUUCUUCGUAUGGAAAUGAUGAUGAUGAUGUUUCAGUUCAGAUUGCGAAGGAAAUCCAUCCAUACAAGAAGAACAAAGAAACCAUGAGAGGUGAGAAGAAUGUGACUACUUCUUUGUCAUUGAAUUGGCCAAGGGAACCAAGAGCACGAGAAGAAGCUAUCAAAUUCGUAUCUAACAACCCUUUUUUCACGGUGCUCCUAAAGGCUCCUCAUAUCACACAAUACCUACUGUGCAUACCAGUUUUGGAAGGUUAUGUGGAUAAUGGAGUGAAGAAUGUGAAGCUUGAGUAUAGGGAUAGAUCGUGGCCUGUGAGGAUGCUUAGUUGUAACAAAACCUAUUCAAAUCGCUUCUUUUCUGCUGGAUGGAACUUGUUUGCACAAGAGAAUGAGUUGAAGCCUGGAGAUGUUUGUGUCUUUGAACUUGUUAAUAUGCAAGAUUUGGUCUUUAAGGUUCAUGUUUUUGCUGCCCAUCAUGCUUAA